AACUAACAACAUGGAGUCCGGUGUUUAGUGUGCAAAGAUGGUCUUCGUCACCGUUUACUAAACACAUAUGUUCUCCCCGGCGCCCUUGAUGGAGAGCUGCGACGCUCCGGUGCGCGUGUAACGGAACGCACACUUGCACUAUAUGCGGCUGUGUGUUGAUGAUGUGAUUGGACGCAUAAAAUUCGCAAGACAGGCCGCUUUCAAAAUGGAAUCACUCUUCACAAUGUAGAAGAGGAGAAGUGGACCAGGAGACCAUGGAGCCUAGUGAUGACCUAUCUACCAGAGAUCCUCAAGAUCUAAUGUCCAACCAAGGGGCACUGUCUUCAACAUCAAACCCCAUACUCAACUGCACAUUAUCGGGGGGGUUAUUACAAAGUGGUGUCGUGGAGAAAGGUGAUGGAAAUUCAGAAAAUCCAAAAGGCUUUUUCCCCACGCUGGAGCAAUGUGGGAAAACACAGAGAAGCCCACGGUCUCCAGCCUUCAACUCAUCUCUCACAUGGGAUUCAGACUCUGAGAAAGAAACCUUAGAAGAGGAAGAGCUUCAGCACUUUUCUAACCCUCAUGGUCUGGCUGCUCACAGCCCUGGUAGUCCCACCUCUGGACAAACACAAGACAGACUUGAUAUUGAUGUGUGCCAAGAACCUGAGGAAUCCAAGCACUUAUUUUUGAAGAAGAUCACACCUGGGCCCAUAGAGAUAGAGAAUCCAGGAGAUGUUGUUACAUACAGGGAGCCAACAACUACAGACUCCAGCUCACAGAAACUGGAACAAGACAAAGUGACCCAUUUGCCAGAUAUUGUACCAGAAGAGGGAUGCCAAAAAGAAGAGCAAGAUGACCUGAAAGUGCAUAAUCAGAGAGGCAAGGAAAAGAUGAAUACCAAAGAGACAGAUGUAUACAGCUUCCCAGCUGACUCUGAGCCAGAGAGCCCACCUCCCGGGCCUUGGGCACACUGCACCUUCAUUCAACGCAGGAGGAAAAAGAGGGCCAUACUGAGGCCUUUCUCUGGACUGGGCACCUGGCAGCGCCCAACAGGUGGUGGCAGAAGGGGCAGAGGUAAGACCUCAGGAGCUAAGAAGCAUAGGAAAACCACAGAGGAUAAGGGAAGAAUGUCUGUAUUUAAAGAUGUAAAGGAAGAGAAAGUACAGGAAAGGCAAAGGUCCAUAGUAGACCACCAACUGGAUGGAGACCUCUACCAAGCCAUAUUCACAUGUGUAGAAUGUAGCAUUUACUUCAAAAAACAAGCUCAUCUACGUGAACAUAUGCAAGAGCAUGGCCACGGCAAAGGUCCUGCAAAGAAAUGGGGCGGACAGCAUACUGAAAGUGGGUUUGAAUGUGUAGAGUGUGGUCAAGAGUUUGUUGACCGGUUGCUACUGCUAGAUCAUCGCAGACGCCACAAGGAGUCAAGGAGGAAAAUCCUGGAGGAGAUUGGAAAACUAAAUGAGGGAGGAAAGAGCACGGCAAAGCAAGCCAGUUGUAGUAAAGAAUCAGAGUCAGUUAUCAAAGAGUCAGCAGAAGUCAGUUGUGGCCAGUUCGUGUGUCUUAAGUGCAACUUUAGCUCUGAUGUGCCUCAAGAGUUUGCAGACCAUAAGAAGACACACAGUACUCGAACAAGGGCUGGUGUCUCUCGAAGUUCACCUCGUAUACAACAUAAGUCCUCCAAAAAAGGACAAGUUUCCACUGCAGAUGUUCCAUCAACUCUUGUCACCUCGCCUCUUAACAAGAGGUACCCCAUCCGAGCAUCCAAAAAAACUAAAGAAACACAGCUUGAUGCUGGCCCUUUACAGGUAGACACUAGUUCAGGGAUUAGUCAAAAUACCCCUGCCUCUGCAACCCCAGGAGAGGCCACAGACCAGCCAUACAAAGCAACCCUGCUAGCAAAUACAGUCCUAGUAGAGGAGUCAAGCCAAAUAGGAGAGCCCAAGACAACUGUGGCAAAUCCGGUGGAAGAGAAUGUCCUGCAACCUCAGUGUCUCAUGUCAACACCUCCAAAUCCAAGGGCUGGUCCACGGCGUAGGGAUGUGGCAUUCAAAAGCAUUGGGAAGAAGCGCAAAACAAGGGUCGAAAGGGAUAAAUUGGGGCGUACAAGAGCAAGCACACGACUAGAUCCUAAGUCCACCCAGACUCAAGGAGUAAAAAAACGGGUCCAAAUCUCAAAUCAGACUGAAGUGAAGACCCAGAGAGAAGGCACUCAAACAGCAGAACCAGAGCAUGAGCCAAAACAGGGGUCCAAAACAGGGAAGAAGCCACCUGCCAGUGCUCUGAAUCUUAAAGCCAACUCCUCACAAAAAAAGAUCAGCAAAAAGCUUGAAGCACAGGAAGAAGAACCCAAACUUGAUAAAGACAAAUCUGAUAGCAAGGGCAAGUGUGGGGAAGACACACUUGUUGCUGCAACAGUAGAAGAUGAUGAAGGAGAAGAAGAGGAGGAAGAUGUUGUUAAUUGUAUUAUUGGUUCAUUAACUGAAGAAGAUGAAGAUGAUAAUGGUAUAGAAGGUUUGUUGAAAAGCGUUGAAAGAAAAUGCCCUUACUGCCCAGAUCAAUUCCAUAAUGGCAUCGGACUAGCCAAUCAUGUGAGAGGUCACCUGAACAGAGUAGGUGUCAGUUACAAUGUCAGGCACUUCAUCUCACCAGAAGAGGUCAAUGCCAUUGAGAAGAAAUUUUCCUACCAAAAGAAAAAGAAAAAAGUCGCCAACUUUGACCCAUCAACCUUCAGUGUGAUGAGAUGUGAGUUCUGUAGUGCCGGUUUUGAUACAAGGGCUGGCCUCUCCAGUCAUGCUCGUGCCCAUCUCCGAGACUUUGGCAUCACAAAUUGGGAAGUCACAGUUUCUCCCAUUAAUAUUCUCCGGGAGCUUUUUGCCAAGCAUCCAGAUCUUGUUCUACCUGCUGUCCUCUCUCAUACUGUCCUGUCAAGUGAAGAGCUAAACUCUGAUGAAGAUCAGGACACUGAGAAAGAAGAAAAGGAUGAGGAGGACAUGACCACUAAACCUGCUACUUUUUCUUCUGACUCUCCAAAACAACACUGGAAGGAAGAAGACAAUAUCAGCGGAAUGGAGGGUGGUGGUGAGGAGGAGGAUGAGGAUGAGGAAGAGGAGGAGGCCAGAAUGCCUCUUACAGAAAAAUCGGGCACAAAUCCCAGAAAAAAGACACUGUUCUCCCUUCAGGAACACAGUCCUGAAUCCAAAGAGACCGACUCUUUGGGCUCCAACCUUUUGAAAUGUGAGAUUUGUGGUACUUCCUUUGAGACACGUCGUGGUUUAUCUAGCCACGCCCGCUCUCACCUACGCCAGCUGGGUAUUGGCAUGUCGGAAAACAGUGGAGCACCCAUUGACCUCCUCUACCAGAUCACUAAGGAACGUGCCAUGGAUGCGCAUUUCACUGGCACCCCCCCAUCUGUGGCAUCACCUAAGAAGCUCGAGCACCAUUCUCCUCCCGUUUCCAUGCCAAGCCCUAAAAAAGAUAUUGAAACUGAAAAGGGACUGCUGGACACCAAACCAACUGUCCCAUACUCUGUUGUGGGUUCAGUUAAUAAAGUUUCCUCUUCCCCAAAUACUUCCUCUGUAACAGGUUCACUGCCAUCCUCUCCAUUUAUAAAAUCUCGGUCUCCAUCCCCAGUCCUGAGAAAGGCUCCAAUCUCUUCCCUGCUCCCUGUGUCUUCCCCACUGCGAUCCCAGGAGCAUAAGACUUUGGGAAAGAACCAGGCUGCAAACCUCUCCAGUCCCAGCAAACCAUUCUGGGCACCACAAGAGACGGAUGCACCUUUGAACCUUACAAUGGACUUGGACUCUAAAGACAUUAUUUGCCAGUUGUGUGGUGCGUGGUUCGAAACAAGAAAAGGUCUCUCAAGUCAUGCUCGAGCCCAUUUGCGCCAUUUCAGGAUUGAGUACUCAGAAUCCAAGGGCUCUCCCAUUGACUUACUCAACCGAUUCAUUUUGACAGAUGAAUUUAAGCACAGAGCUAAUUCUUUUCUCUCUGAUGGUCCUGAAGACUUGAGGUCCCCAAAGACCAGCAUGGCUUCCCUCUUGCCCUCAACUUCCACUGCUUCCUCUAAGAGGCCUCCUCCCUCUAGUCCUAUCCUACAUAAAACUGCUCCAUUGAGGACUACCAUUGGGUCCAAAGCUACCUCGCCUUCUACCCACACCCUGUUGGGCCCACCAACAAAGAAGUUGAAACCCUCCUCUUUGCAGGUUCUUCGUUUUAGUGGUGGUGAUGUGAUGCCCUUCCCCAUAGAGCCAAUGAAAGAGGUGAAUUGUGAAUUCUGUGGAGAACUUUUUGAGAAUCGCAAAGGCCUCUCUAGUCAUGCCCGCUCACAUCUGCGUCAGCUUGGCAUCACUGAAUGGUCUGUGAAUGGCUCGCCUAUUGACACACUCCGAGAGAUUAUAGUCCGUCGAGGCCUACCGUCCAUUGUGCCGCUAAAAACCCACAAAUCCCCCUCUUCUUCUCCGGGCCCAGGACUGCCUCGGUCUACACUCCAGUGCUCUUCCCCACCAGGGAAUGUUCUCGUCCGGCUGCCUUUCCAUUUCCCCCAAUCACCAAGCCAUGAUCAGCCUACUAACAGGAAAAAGUCUCCUUCAACAUCUACCGCCAGUUCUUCUCCAACAGUGGAAAUGGUUAAACCAAAACCAGAGCCUGAAAUUGUAGAAGUUACCAUGAAAGGGUCAGAAAUGGGAGUGAGUGCAAGUUACAGCCCAGAGCCGCUACAUCCUAGUUUGAGCAGUUCGGAUAAAGUUUUUCCUGUCAACUUGGUCAUGACUCAAGAGAAGGAACCUUCCCGUGAUAUCCGAUGCGAUUUCUGUGGCGAAUUCUUUGAAAACCGCAAAGGCCUCUCAAGCCACGCCCGUUCGCACCUGAGGCAUAUGGGUAUCACAGAAUGGUCUGUAAACGGCUCGCCCAUUGACACUCUGUGGGAAGUAAUGAGAAGACAGGGCACUGUCCCUGCAUCUGCUGCCUUGGGCAUAAAGGAGGAACCGGGACAGGAUGGUAGACUAUCACUGAACAGUCCUGGCUAUCAGUCCCAUGUACUUUCCCGCAAGUCACCCCUUAACCUGCUCCACUCUGGCUCGCGCCUCCACAAGCAUGGGCUUGGAAGCAUGGGCUUGUCUCGCACCUCACCUGUGGGGAAGUUUUUUGGGGUGGUUCCGCUGAGGAAGAAGGUGCUGGUAGAGGAUGAACAGCCAGGAGAGAAGUCACUGCUCGUCCAGUCUAAAAGCUUCUCGCCUCCCCCACAGGACCAUUCCAUAAAGGGGAAAGUCUCCACAGAGAAGCAAGGGGUAGGCCACAUGGAUGCCAGCUGUGAACUCUGUGGAUUCUACUUUGAGAACCGGAAAGCAUUGGCCAGUCAUGCCCGAGCACAUCUCAGACAGUUUGGCGUAACAGAGUGGUGUGUAAAUGGUUCACCCAUCGAGACGCUGAGUGCCUGGAUACGCAGCCGCCCACAGAAGGCAGCAGAGAUGCAGCAAAGUUAUGCGCAAGGAGGCCGCUACGUCCAGAAGAAAAGGUGCAGUUCCUCUCUUUCACCGUCCCAUGAGUCUGACCCUACAGCCUCUGUUUGCCACAAGCUUCCAGUGGCCAAGUGGGCAUCUCUCACAUUGCCUCAGAAGAGGGCAGUUGGACGGGAUGUCAACAGCUGUUCCUUGGGGUUGUCUUCACGGGCACCAGAGGCCAAAAUUAGGAAUGAAAGUUCGAAUCAACAUGGCCUUAUUCAACAAUCUGACGGUCAUCAUUCCAGUAACACACUUUCACAUGUGCAGGUGGCCCAUAGUGAACUCAACGUUCGUUUGCCACGAGUAUUUGAGAGACGGCCACUUAAACACCCGUCACAUGCUGAGGGAGGGGAGAGAGAGAGUGGUCCUCCAAAACCUCGCUCCAGUACAGUUCCUGCCCUUGUGCCAAAGCCCCCCUCCACCCCACUGGUUAGACUUGUGGGUAAAAUUUACUCACUUAAGUGCCGGUUUUGUGACGUGGAGUUUCAUGGCCCUCUCUCGGUACAGGAAGACUGGAUCAGACACCUGCAGCAGCACAUCCUCAAUCUCAACUACAAGAAGACUUCACCACCCGCAAACGAUACUCCUGCCCAAUGUGACACUUCUGUUCCCAAACCCCCAUCCUCAGCUACUACCUCCAUUACAACCACAGCUCGCACCACAACCCCGUCCACGCUUUCCCCAAAAGCCCCAACCACACCCACACCCACACCAGCCUCCACACCUACACGCACUCCAAUCCAAGUCUCCACAGCGCCCCAUAUGGCUGGCCCAGUGACACCAGCCACAGCAGAGCCACUUCCUUCUCUUACUAACUAGGCCAUGUUUCCAUUGCCCACAUUUGACUUCAGAUUCCCUACUUAUUACCUCCCUUGUCCUUUGUUUUGUUUCUGCACAUACUGUUACCCAUCUUUGAAUAUCUCUGUCUCUGAUCAAAGGGAGAGAUUUUUAAAAAAUCUCUGCUAUCAACCCACUUACAUGUGACCUACAUCACAAGCAUCUGUUUUGAGAGAUUCAGGCUUGAGGUAGGUCUGUUGCCAUGACAGUUCUCAGCUCUCCUUUGGCUCUUAAAGGUGCAGUGUUUAAUUUCUGCGCCACUAAUUUAGGUACCAAAGGGAAUUGCAGUCUGUUUGUUUGAACGGCCUAAGAUAGCAACAUUGGCUCAACCGGGGGGUGGGUGGGUAAGUGUUUGGAUGGUUAGCUUUGCUAGUUAGGCCCUACUGAUAGAUGCUGUAACUACAUCAUUAUACAGGAAAAAGACAUAUUUCUCCACUGGUAGUUCAAAUGUAGUUGUGUAUUCUGCUGAAAUAAUUUAUUGCAAGCAACAUGUAAAUUACCAGCCUGAUCUCAUGAAAAUUACAUGACUGUGGCAACAUUUUUGCAAAAUGAUAUUAUGUGGUCCAUAACGUGGUUCUGAGGUGUUAUGUCCACUGUGUGGCGCUAAAAGCAAGAUUUUCUCCCAAACAGAUGAGGUUGUCAAGGUUAAUGCUCUGUGGAAUUUUAAAUAAAAAACCUACCUCUCUACCCUAAACCUUAAACAUAAGUAUCAGAAAAAGCCAAUGUGACAUGAAAAACACAAUUGCUGAAGCAACCACUUCUUUCUGUGGUGCUUCUAUGACACUUUUGGCUCACGCGUUGGCUUGCAUGCUCUACAAGGCUUGUACCCCGGUUCUUUGCAUCGCAUGUGCAACGGUUUAUCAGUUGAGCUACUGCACAGUUUGAUUGCGCAUGAACAAGCUUUUAAAUGUAGUUGGUUAUGUAAUGCAAAUGCUAAUAUAAGGGCUGUUUUAAAUCGAAUUAAUUACAUGGUAUGCUGAUUAAUUAAUCACAAUUACUCUCAAUUAAUCGCAUACAUAAAUAUUUGCUGAGAAAGCCCCUCAAAUAACAAUAAUGCAAUAUAUAAUUAUUAAAUAAUUAUACAUUUGUUAUAUAUAAAUAAUUAUAAAUAAAAUUUAUAUAUUCUAAAAAAUAAUAAUACAGUAAAAUAAAUAAAUAUUAUUUUGUCAAACAAGUUAAGCAUUUAAAAAGACAAUACAAAAAGUGGCUUUAGAAUGCAAUAUAUUUUUUAUUUCUAUAUUAUUGAACUAAAGCCGAUCAUUGGCCUAAAGUUCACAGCAAUCCACUUUGCAAUUGAAUUUGCCAGUCAGUCUGAGAUUUAUUAUAAGGGCUUGUUUAAGGACGCGCCAAUGUACACCUGCGUCCGACGGACGCUUUUGUAGCGUCUCGGUUGUGUUGCAUCAUAAACAUACCGUUUUUAGGUUGCUGUGUUAAGUUAAAGUCUGAAACUUAGAAAAACACGUCUUGAGAUCCUUGCUUUCGGAUUUGCUCCAUCAGGCUGUGUUUGUACACAAUAACAUGUUCUCAUCUUGUGUUGUCUGCUUUCGGUAAGUGUGGUUUGUUCUCUGUCUGUAUAAGCUGCAAGUUGCCUAUACAGCUGAAGUUUCGCUUACUGCCCCCUGGAGAAAACAGGUGGUACUACAAGUUUGAAUUGCUCAGGAAUCUUCCUUAUUAGGGUCCGGGGACAUGAAUAAUUGCGUUAUUCAAUCGCACUGAAUUAACGCAUUAAAAUUGACAGCCCUAGUUCAAAUGUAUCACCAAAGUGUUUAGAUAAGAAAGCAUUAUGUGAGAAGCAGGGCAAAAAGUUAAUAUUUAUGAACUGAUAAUCUGAUGCUGUUUUACUCGUGAUUUGUGUGAAAAGAAAUGAAAGUCAUUGUUGUUUUAGUGCAUGUAGUGUUAAUUUCAAAUGCAGAGAAGCCACUUAAAAAUCAUUUUGCAAAUAUGUAAAAAUAUAUGUAGAUACAGUAAAGUGAUUCUAUGGGACCAGGUAGCAAAUUGCAUGUAUUUAAUAUAUAUUACUGUAGAUGUUUCACCAGUGACCAAAUAACGGGGGGAAAUUAGCAUAAAAACAGUAAUUAUUUUUUGCAAAUCUGUUUGGUGCCCCUAAUGGCGCAGAAAUUACACCACAGCGCUACGAAUGAAAAAGGACAAAGGAAAACACCACCGUAUAAUUCUACUUUUUCAUGCUUUAACGGUUGUCGUUUCAUUUAUAUUUAUUGGUAGAAGGAUGAGUCUGUUUACUUAAUUUCAGUAAGCUAUCUGACCCUAAUGCCCAGUGCAUUUUGUUUCUUAUUGCUUAAGAAGCACUCCUAAAAUGAGUGAAACCAUCUAUCCUACCAAAUUGUUAAAUCAUGUACAAAUCAAAGAAUUACAAUCAAAAUGCACAGACAUAAAGUUAUAUUCAACCAUAAUCCCAGAUUUCUUAAACUUGAAAUGGUUUCAAGACAAAGCACUUAAACGAAAGGCUUCUUAAAACAAAGCUUCUGUUUCUAGCAUAGACAAAUUCACUUUUUCUUACUAGAUUUAACUUAUAAUUAAGUUCAAGCUUGCACUGCCAUGUAGCCAUCAAAACAUUUAAAAUUUGCCCACUGCAAACAUGGCAUGCAUAUUCUACAGCCUUUUAUUCAUUCUUGUCACUUGGAGUUGAUCAAAUUUGUCUAGAACCAAUUGCUGCUAAGUAUUUAAAUAAGCUAAGCACACUUAGUUAAAUUUAUUGUUUUAGCACAUCAUGACCAACCUUUGUACAAAAUGAGCAUGAAAAUUUCCAUCAUGCCUACCAGUUGUACUCUACAUAAACAUAUAGAUGUAUGCCUUCAUUGCUAUUUCGUUUGACACAUUAUUUUGUAGCACGUUUGCACAUGCUAGGUCUUAUGCAAAACAGGUUUUGCAUAAUGCUUUAAUUAAUCUGAUCCCGUAUUGCUCCAUUUUCACAGCAACUUUCUGCCUUUUUUGCUUUCCUUCUCACGUUAAUUCUGUGCUUGUCACUUUAAAUGAUACAGCUGACGUAGCUGUUGUAAAAAUCUUCUAGUUCAUGAAGCUUUCUGAUAAAUUGCCUUGGAAAAAGCUGAUGGGCCCAUUUUAGGCUUUUGAAAGGCUUUUUUUUUUUUUUUUUUUUUUUACAGAUUUACUAAGAUCCCAAAUGACCUUAUGGCUCAUUUGAAUGUCGAAUGAACUAAUAUAUUUAUUUGGCUUCACUACAUCAAUUUGAAUGUUUCUCAAGAGUAAAACGUUGAUGCACUUUUAUCUGCAAUGAUUUAGGAAGUGUGUGUUUGAACCCAUGUACACUAUAUGGACAAAAGUAUUGGGACACACCUCUUAAUCAUUGAAUUCAGGUGUUUCAUUCAGUCCCAUUGCCACAGGUGUAUAAAAUCAAGCAUGGUGGUACUGUAAUAGGAUGCCACCGUUGCAACAAGUCAGUUCAUUAAAUAUCUUCCCUCCUAGAUAUUCCACGAUCAACUGUAAGUGGUAUUAUUGCAAAGUGGAAGCGUUUAGGAACCACAGCAACACAGACCACGUAAAGUUACAGAGCGGGGUCGCCGAGUGUUGAGGCGCGUAGUGCGUAAAAGUCGCCAACGCUCUGCUGACUCAAUAACUGCAGAGUUCCAAACCUCCUCUGGCAUUAACAUCAGCACAAAAACUGUGUGCCAGGAGCUUCAUGGAGCUGUAUGCAAGCCUUACAUCACCAAGCACAAUGCCAAGCGUCGGAUGGAGUGGUGUAAAGCACGCCGCCACUGGACUCUGGAGCAGAGGAAACGUGUUCUGUGGAGUGACGAAUCACGCUUCUCUAUCUGGCGCUCUGAUGGACGAGUCUGGGUUUGGCGAAUGCCAGGAGAACGUUUCCUGCCUGACUGCAUUGUGCCAACUGUAAAGUUUGGUGGAGGAGGGAUAAUGCUAUUGGGUUGUUUUUCUGGGGUUGGCCUAGGCCCCAUAGUUCCAUUGAAGGGAAAUGUUAAUGCCUCAGUUUACCAAGACAUUUUGGAAAAUGAUAUGCUUCCAACUUUGUGGAAACAGUUUGGGAAGGCCCUUUUCUGUUCCAGCAUGACUGUGCCCCAGUGCACAAAGCAAGGUCCAUAAAGGCAUGGUUGGAUGAGUUUGGUGUGGAAGAACUUGACUGGCCUGCACAGAGCCCUGACCUCAACCCUAUCGAACACCUUUGGGAUGAACUAGAACGGAGAUUGUGAGCCAGGCCCUCUCGUCCAACAUCAGUGUCUUACCUCACAAAUGCUGUUCUGGAAGAAUGGGCAAAAAUUCCAACAGACACACUCCAAAAUAUUGUAGAAAGCCUUCUCAGAAGAGUGGAAGCUGUUAUAGCUGCAAAGGGGAGACCAACUCGAUAUUAAUGCCUCUGGAUUUAGAAUGGGAUGUCAUAAAAGCUCAUGUAGGUGUAAUGUGUAGGUGUCCCAAUACUUUUGUCCAUAUAGUGUAUAUACUGUAAGUGUUUAUACUGUAUACAUGGGUUGUAUAUGUACAUUCUGAUUACCUGUGCAUUACAUUUUUUUUUAUGAAAACGCCAUUUUGAAGAUGUUUUCAUGAAAUAAAAAGUACAAAUUUGUCAGUGACAGAAUCUGCCAAAGAGCAUCUUUGUAUCUCAGAAUCUCACAAAUUGGCUUCUUUAAAGGGAUAGUUCACCCAAAAAUUACAAUUCUCUCAUUAUUUACUCACCCUCAUGCCAUCCCAGAUGUGUAUGACUUUCUUUUUUCUGCUGAACACAAAAGAAGAUUUUUAGAAGAAUAUCUCAGUUCUCUAGGUCCUUACAAUGCAAGUGAAUGGUGACCAAAACUUUUAAGUACCAAAAAGCACAUAAAGGCAGCAAUAAAGUAAUCUGCAUGACUCCAGUGGUUGAAUCUAUAUCUUCAGAAGCGAUAUGAUAUUAGUGGGUGUGAAUCAGUUCAAUAUUUACAUAAAAAAAAUAAAAAAUACUCCUCCCUGCCCAGUAGGGGGUGAUAUGCAUGAAGAAUGUGAAUCACCAAAAACACAAGAAGAAGAACUCUUAGGGGAGAAGAGUGCUUAGGAAAGUGACUGUGAAAGUGGAGAAUUAUAGUAAAAAAGGACAUAUUAUUUUCUUACCCACACCUAUCACAUCGCUUCUGAAGACAUGGAUUUAACCACUGGAGUUAUAUGGAUUACUUUUAUGAUUACUUCAUGUGCUUUUUGGAGCAACAAAGGUCUGGCCACCAUUCACUUGAAUUGUAUGGACCUACAGAGCUGAAAUAUUCUUCUAAAAAUCUUUGUGUUCAGCAGAAGAAAGUCAUACACAUCUGGGAUGGCAUGAGGUUCAGUAAAUGAUGAGAGAAUUUUCAUUUUUGUGUGAACUAUUCCUUUAAGUGGAAUGAUUUCAAGCAGUCUGUUCUGUUUUUCCAUGAGCAGUUCUGUUUUUGACAGUGGGUUUUUGUUUCUCUGUCUUUGGCUUUAAAGCAGAGACAAUUAAAUGGAUAGUUCAGAAAAUUCAGUCAUUGUUUACUCACCCCUGUGUUGUUGUAACCCUAUAUGACUUUCUUUCUUUUUCUUAACACAAAGGGAGAAGUUGUGAAACAUUUUUUGUUCUCAGUGAUGUCAUAUAAUGGCAGUUUAUG